GCCGCCGUGUACUGACCGUCACUCUCAUCUGACUACACGGCAGCGGACGCGCCUACUCUCGCUAGCUUCCAUGGCGACCAACUAGAAGAGCGUUUUCUCAUGUCGACCAGCCGGUUAGCUCCUGUAUGUGGGCUAACGGGCUUAUUAGGAGACGGGAUAAUGUAGCGGGACGACUCUUUGGACGAACAGUAUAUUGAACAUGUUAAGCUCACGUUAAGGAGAGCCAGGAACUAGAGCGAGCUAACUGCUGUAAGCUAGCUCAGGCUAACAUUCACCUGCGGGCUGUUUGAGCUGAACAGCUAACACGAUGGAAAGUGUGAAGGAAAACGGGUCUGGAGGGGUUUUAACUUCACCAGCGCCUCUCGAUUCCGCCGGUGAUAAUGUCUCCGUGAAGUCAGUGGGAUUGACGCCUCUGUCUGCGGGGAAACGACCCUCAAUCGGGGAGGAUGACGGAGGGGGAGCCGAGGCGAAACUCUUCGGGAAGGGACUGGCAGCCACCUCCCUUCUUCAGAUCGCGAUCAGGAACGGGAUCUAUCAAAACCAAGUUGCCAACGCUAUCGGUGGGGCAGCCAAAAACAUAAACAUGCCCGCCGUGAAAACAGCCAACAUUUACAGCCUGACAUCCGCCAACAGCAACACUUCUGUUAACUCUCUGCUGAGCAGGAGGCGACACAGACACAAGAGGAACCUGUCUCUGGGGGCUCCGCCGACCAGCAACUCGCCCGGCGUGUCCUCCGCAGAGGCGGCCAGCCCCGCUCCGUCAGCCUCGCCUCUGAGCACACUCAGCCUCGACAGGAGGACGUUUCUCCGGCAGAAACAGUCCAAGCAGCUCCAGGCCUCGGACAAGACAUGGGUGAGAACGGACCUGCGGCGGGGCUGCAUUCACGUCCACGACUGGCUCACGCCCUCCUACCCACGGCCGGUGUUGUGCACGGCGGACACUACUGCUCAAGAGGUGGCCAGUAAGCUGGAGGGGAGCAAAGCAGGGGCUGUGUUGAGAAUUAACUACAAAAGUGCUGCUUUAGUGGACGUGAAUGAUAACUGUAAAGACAGUAAUGGACAGACUGAUGAGGCUGAAAGUCUCAGUGACAGUGUGGAUGUCAGAAACUCCAAAUCAGACGAGAACGAUGAAACCAAACAGUAUUAUCCUGAUGCUAAACUAUCCUCUAAUUUGUUGGAUGAUAAAACCGCCAGUAACUCCUCUUCUGAGGUGUAUCUGAAUGACAUCGGGAUGGACUUGAGUCUGAGUGUUGCUGACUGUUAUGGAGUCUACUCUGGUUCAGAUAUGGAGGGCAGCACCUGUGAGGACUUCAGCCCAGGCGGACCCAGAAGCACAGAGCUCCGGGACUCCCUCAGUGAAGGGCUGGGCGUGGGUACUGGCUCUUCAGCAGUAAGCCCAAACUGUGACAGUGCCACAGAGGAACCAGACCCGUUUGAGAGCUCAUCAGAUGAGGUUGAGCUUACUUCUUCUCCAACACAUUCAACCGACAACUCUGCCGCAGACAAACAAGCAGACCUGCCCACCACCGAUCCCAGCAGUGCUUCUUCCAGCCAAGUUACAACCAACCUGGAUGACAUGGAAGCUGUAGGAGCUGUUGUUAGCACAGACAGCCCCAAAUUAAUCAAACCUCCCUCUAAAUGCCCCAGCAGCUCCCAGACUCGGCCCCUAACCAGCCAAGCAUCUGUGCAGCCUGACCCGGAGAUCCCAAGGGGAAGCAAAGCUUGGCCCGAACCCAUCAAUACCAGUCCGACCCCAGCUCUCUUCAUCCAGCUGCAUGGAGGAGCAGUGAGGCGGCUAAGAGAUGAAGAGAGGCCUCUGCAGAUAUUGAAUGAGUACCUCACUAACCUAGGGUUUGAGGACCCGUGGAGGGUGCAGGCAGAGGGGAUGAAUCCUGAAAUUGGCUGCCUCAUACGCUUCUACUUUGGUAAGCCUCGAAGUGUGGGAGGUUCUGAGCGUGUGCAGCUCUCCGGGGUGUUCAACGUGCGGAAAGGGAAGCUUGCGCUGCCGGUGAACCGAUGGUCCAAGCGUCAGGUCACUCUGAGUGGAACGUGCCUCAUUGUCUCAUCCGUGAAACACGCCCACACCGGCAAGAUGCACAUCCUCCCUCUCAUCGGAGGAAAGGUGGAGGAGGUAAAGAGACACAGCCACUGUCUGGCUUUAAGCUCAGCCGGUCCUCAGAGUCAGACCUACUACAUCAGCUACGACUCGUACACAGAGCACCUGCGCUGGCACAGGACCGCAUCUAAGAUCGCAUCCCAGAGGGUGAACUCAGUCGACCUGUCGUGCUGCAGCCUGGAGGAGCUGCCUGCUCAGCUCUUUUACAGCCAGGACCUCACACACCUCAAUCUCAAAAACAACUUUGUGUCCCUGCACAAAGGUGUUUCAGCUCUCACAAGGUUUUGUAAACUGAGAAGUCUCAGUCUGUCAAAUAACGCUCUGUCAGAGUUUCCUCUGGCCUUGUGUGACAUCCCCUCGCUAACGGAGCUCAACCUGUCUGGAAACCAUCUCUCAUCUCUGCCCGCAGAUGUCGGAUCCAUGCACAACCUGCAGACUCUCCUCCUGGACGGGAACUUCCUCAGUUCUCUUCCCAUCGAGCUGGGCUCUCUGGAUGUUCUAACCUACCUCGGCUUGUCCUUCAACUGUUUCUACUGCGUCCCUCCCGUCCUGGAGAAACUUAAAGGCAUGGAGAGACUCUGUCUGGCAGGGAACCAGCUCUCUGUCCUGGAUAUGGCUGGACUGCAGUGGCUGCCUGCUCGCUACAUAGAUCUCAGGCUUAACCGGCUCCAAAACCUGACAGUGGGAUACUCUGAACAGCUGGACCACAUCGUACAUCUGGACCUGAGGGACACGGGUCUCCAGGAGCUAGAUGUCCGGUCUCUCUGCAGGCUGGAGCUCCUCCGCUGUGACAGAAACAGCCUCUCAGUCCUCAGAGUCUGUGGCAAUGCUCUCAAGAGUCUGCAUGCUGCACGCAACGUGCUGAAGCUGUUGGAGGUGCAGCCAGUGCCGGAGAAUCUGACUGUUCUGGAUUUAUCCUGGAACAACCUGGAAUGUGUUCCUGACUGGGUUUGUGAGAGCAGCAAACUGGAGGUGUUGGACAUCAAUCAUAACUCUGUCACUGAUCUCCCCGUUCAGCUGCUGUCCAGCGGGAGCCUCCGAAAACUGCUGGCGGGCUGGAACCAAGUGUGUCGGCUGGCUGAGAGGGUGGAGAGAUCUCAGCUCGAGGUCGUGGACCUCCAACACAACCACCUGACUGAGCUCCCACACAACCUGUUCAUCAAAGCUCAGAGCCUGCGGUACCUAAAUGUGUCAGCCAAUAAGCUGGAGAACCUCCCUGCAGCGAGCCUAUCAGAGGACAGCUUCAGCAGCCUGGAGGAGCUCUAUGUGACCAACAACAGCCUGACAGACAAGUGUGUCCCUCUGCUGACUGGACAUGGACGCCUUAGGGUGCUUCACCUUGCCUACAACCAGCUGCAGACCUUCACCGCCAGUAAACUGGCACGACUGGAGCAGCUGGAGGAGCUGGACCUGAGCGGCAACAGACUGAGAGCCGUGCCCACCACCAUCCUCAGCUGUCAGCGCAUGCACACGCUCUCCGCCCACUCCAACUGCAUCAACGCCUUCCCUGAGGUCCUCCAGCUGCCUGAGAUCAAGUGUGUCGACCUGAGUUGCAACGAGCUGACAGAAAUCACUCUGCCUGAGACUCUUCCUCCAAAGCUUCAGGAGCUGGACCUCACAGGAAACCCCCGUCUCAACCUGGACCACAGAAGUCUAGAGCUCCUCAAUAAUAUCAAAUGCUUCAGGGUGGAUCCGUCUCCUUCAGCUCCGUGUGUGAGCGAGAGCCACGGCGCCCCUGCAGUCUGGAGCCACGGCUACACUGAAGCCUCCGGGGUCAAGAACAAGUUGUGCGUGGCUGCUCUGGCACUGGACAGCUUCUGCGGGAUUCGUGAAGCUCUUUAUGGAGUGUUUGAUGGUGACAGGAAUGUCGAGGUGCCUUACCUGCUGCAGUGCACCAUGGGAGAUGUGCUAGCAGAGGAGCUUCACAGAGGCCAAAGACAGGAAGAUUACAUGACCAACACUUUCCUCACCAUGCAGAGGAAGCUGGGCACAGCAGGCCAGCGGAUGGGAGGCUCUGCAGCUCUAUGUCACAUCAGACACGACCCAGUGGCUCCCGGCGAGCACGGCGGCUGCUUCACCCUGAAAGCGGCCAACGUGGGCAGGUGUCAGGCUGUUUUGUGCCGCGACGGCAGAGCUGUAGAGCUAACCACAACACACACAGUCAAAGAGGAGGCGGAGUAUCAGAGGGUCCGACAGCACAACGCCAUCAUCACUGAGGAUAACAAAGUCAGCGGUGUGACUGAUUCCACCAGGAUCAUGGGUUACUCCUUCCUCUGUCCCUCCGUGACUCCCAGACCCCACGUCUCCACGGUAACUCUGACACCACAGGAUGAGUUCUUCCUCCUGGGAAGCAGGGGAUUAUGGGACAUGUUGUCUCCCGGCGAGGCAGUGGAGGCGGUCAGAAAUGUUCCAGACGCUCUGGCUGCUGCUAAGAAGCUGGUGACUCUGGCUCAGAGUUACGGCUGCUCCGACAGCCUCAGCGCUGUUGUCGUCCAGCUCAGCAUCACAGAAGACUGCUGCUGUUUCUGUGAGCCGCCUCCUCCGCCCCCCAGCCCCGGCCCAGGCGCACACACCAGCACACACCCCUACUCAUCGAGCGGUGAUGGAGGCAUACCGCUGCCACCGGCCUCCUCAGGAACAGUGAGUGAGCUGAGCAGCGAGUUCAGCACAUCAGAGAUGAGCAGUGAGGUUGGAUCCACGGCAUCCUCAGAGGAACCGCCGCCUCAGACUGAGCCCAUGACGUCCCACCUGAACCUGCCGAUGGGGCGAGCGGGCAUGAGGAGGCCGCCCUGUGGAGGAGGGAACUUCCAGAGACAGUUCUCUGGAGCUCUGUCCGACAACGGUGUGGACAGCGAGGACGAGGAGCCGAUAGCCGGCGUCUUCUCUAACGGCAGCCGAGUAGAAGUGGAGGCUGAUGUCCACUGUCUGCACCGUCAUGAUGCUCAAGCAUCGCAAACUCACACUCAGACUCGCACACACACCCCUCCCGCUGCUGCCUUGCAUCAUGAGCCUUCACCUCUUCCCUUCUCCCCCUCUCCCUCCCCCAUUCCCCCCUGCUCCCCGUGCCUUGGCAGAGAGGCUCUGUCGGGGACUCUGGGCCGCCGUGCUCGAGCUAACGGCUCUGUCGCCUGCCAAGCAAGGAGCCAGGACGUUAUCGAGGAGGCAGCCGACGCCCCCGUCAGGAAACAGGGGGGCUACUUCAACGCUCCCGCCCAGCCUGACCCUGACGACCAGCUCAUCAUCCCGCCAGAGCUGGAGGAGGAAGUCAGGCAGAUCAUCCAGCAGCAGCAGCAGGAACAAAUUCAAGCGCACAACCAGCAAGCACACAGCUACCAGAAACCUGCCGACUACUUCAUCACCCCGCUCUAAAACCUGCCCCCACCCCCCCUCUGCCACGGCUCCUCAUCCAGGAAUCAGAUUUCGGAGAUUUUCCGGGUUGGAGAACCGUGGAUUAAGACUGUUAUGUAGUACUGCUCCCUCCAAAAACCUUAAGAGUAUACUGAACGUGCUUCUGAACCAGAGACUGUUUUGUUAUUUCCUUUAUUUUCUACUGUUAACUCUAUGCCCCUUGAAACGCAAUGCAAUUUUUUAUAACACUUUAUGUUGAUCAAAUCUUCACAUGUAACUGAUUUUUACCAUACCUUUCAUUUUGAGAAGCACUUUGAAUGCUUUUUAUUCGACUUCUGAGAUUCAUUUUAUGUCAAAGGUACUUUAUUAAGAUCUUCUGUUUUGUGUUGUAGCAGAAGUUUGUCGCGGCUGAUGGCCUUACAGUUGUCGGGGGUUAGUAAAAACUGUUACACUAACUCCUAGGAGUUUAAUACUUUAAAGUGACCUAGUCACUGAAGCAUACUAAUGUUCUCUGAGAGAAAAGACGAUUAUUUCAAAAAGGCUGAUAUUCCAGGUUUGUGUUUAGGGGAGUGUGCAGAGUUCACAGUGGUGCUGCAGUGGUGAGAUAAUGCUGAAGGGUCGGGGGGUCGUACAGUUGUUACCAGCUCAAUGAAUGUUCUCAGAACAGUGUUACAGACUUCGCACAAGAGAGCUACUUUUGCUAUAUAAUAAAUGAACAUUUCCAGAUAAGCA